UACUGAUUGCGACACUGAGGUCUCCCCUGAGGAGCAAGCAAAGGAGACCCAGCAGAAAGAGAAGAAGAAGAGCAUCCAUCCAGCUGUGGCGGCCCUGCAGCUGUUCACUCUCUUCUGCUGUGGUGGGAAAGUCAAGCUGAGGAAGACUCGUCCCUCUCAGAACAGACAGAGUAGAAAGGACCAGGACAAAGAUAAUGCAUCUGAUACUGGUUCAGACUUGUCUGGAGGUGAUGUUACAACCAAAAGGGUCAAGGACAAGAGAAAUGGAAAGGAAAAUCAAAGGACACCCCGGCAAGUGAAGACCCCUGUGGAGGAAAUUUACAUAAGACCUGACUCUCCGACUCUACCACGUGCCCACAGCUCCCUCUCUCAAUUUUCCCUGGCUCGGAACCUGGCCAUCCUCCCGCUGGAGUGGCAGCUACCCGGAGUCCCUCUGCCCACCUCGUCUAUGGCAACUAGGACAGAGAGAACGCCAUCCUCUACCAACACUUCGACACAUGCGCAGAUGGAAACACAGACAUUAAAUAUGAACACAGACACACAGACCACUUCUACCUCUCAGAGCCAGAUCUCCAUGGUCUCAUCGGAGACCAUGAUAGAUCUUCACACGUCAGACUCCAUUACCCAGACCUCCACUCUUGACAUGGCACUGACCCCUGAGAGCACUAAGGACAUGAUCACUACUGAUGAGGAUGUGAAGGAUGACUCUGCUAAAGAUUUGAUCUCCACCCUAACAGACACCUCUAUGGAGAAAUCCAUCAGUGAGACCAGCCUGAAAGACCUCAUUGCUGAGUAUGAAGAUGACAAUGAGCUGAAGGAUAUGGCUGCCUCCGCUACCCCUGCUACUGAUAAUGCCAGUGAGGAUGCAAUGCUGCUGGAGAUUGCAGCACUUUUUGACUGAUUACAUGUUGACAGUGGAGACCGAGCUGCCUCUGCAUCUCUGAAGAGCCAAUAGACCUAAUGAACAUUUCAAUGUAGCAAAAGCUAUACUUUGAUCAAUUAAUAAAACAUUUUUUCUGCAGCA